CCUGCAUGUACAAUUGUGGCGUCUCUUCCUCAGUUUGCUACAAGUGGCACAUUUUGACUCUGUUUGCCUAAGCCGCACAAGCUACUAAUAUCCAGUUCGCUUUCCCCAGCUGCUUCGAUGAAGUUAGUUUGCUGUCGACUGAGAGAUGUGGAUGAUCUUCGACUUCUCUGAUUGAUCAGUGUUCACUGAGAGAUGUGGACAGUUUUCGACUUCUUUGAUUGAUCUCAGAUUGGAAUGUUGCAACAACUCGACAGCUAGAAGAAUGGAGUCUCUUGAGGAACUAUUUUGCAAUCAACCAGUCCGAGGUAGACAAGUGACAGAAGCUGUCAUUCGUUUGCUGAAGUCAAUGAAGAUUGAUGGAAUGGAUGAACUGCUUCCACAGAAGCCGAAGGAUGAGCUGAUUGGUAUGAUGGCUGCACAGUGUGGCGACUAUUGGAUGCGUGUGUUAGACGAAGCCUUCACCAAGAACUGGAAAUCAAAACGGCAUUGUGAACAUCUCAGAUUGCUGGCCAUGCAUGUUGCACUGACUUCAGCUGAAGUCUUUGAGAAGAUACCGAAACAUUUGGCAGCAAUGCGGAAAUCACAUGUGUUCACUGACCAUGGCAACUUUGUACGUAUCAAUGCAGAAGCCAUCAAGAUUAUCCAGAAGCGGUGCCAUUCAAUUCGCUUGUCGGAAUGGAUAAAGAAUCCGAAACUCACCUUGAAUGAUUGUUACAAGUGGCAAAAGGAGAGAAAGGAGAGAGAAGAAAUUCAAUCACUCCGUGAAGCGACCCUGCAAGGAUUAUCACCUGAUCAGAAAGUUGAAAGAACCAGUGCCGAUGGACAGAAAGUUGGGAGAAUCGGUACAGAUGGACAUUGCAGUAACGUGAACAUCACAUCACAGAAGAACGAGAAGAAAACCAGAGGUGAAAGCAGCACAAGACAGCAGUUUACCAAACACGAGAUGGAUGAACGACAGAAAGAAUCACAAGUUCCACAAGAUGACUUGCUGAAGAAGAAAUCAAAGAAGGAAAAACCGAAGUUUCUAGUUGAGCGCUGUCCUUCACUACCCGCCAUCAAGAUCAGAAGUGGCCAUUCAGCUACUGGGGGUCUUGAUGCUGAUGAUCCAUUGCUAACCUCUACUGCUCACUGGAGGACACAAUACCUUCAUCUUAUUUAUGAUGAUGAUGAGGAAGAUGGUGAUGGUUCACGAAAUAUCAGGAGAGCACAAAGCUGUGAUGAUCUUAUGUCUGGCGGAAACAGAAGUCGAAAGUCGCGGCUGCAAACUCUUUGUCCGACAACGCUAUCAACUGGCACGGAUAGUCUCUUAUCAGCAGAUGGUAACGGUGGAUUUAGUGAUGUGGCUGCAGAUGAGAAUGACUACUACUCCGGUCUACACAUUGGUGGGAAUUGCAGUUCAUCCAGUGUGGACGACUCAUUGUCAACAUCCUCACUUCAACUCAGAAGUCUCAGUCCAGACACUCAUCCACUUUGGCAUGCUGUUGUUAGGGAGAGAAAGCAUCUACCAAAGAAGCCACCGGCAGUACGCACCUCCUUGAGAGCCACGUCAGUGCAGCAAGAGCAGCAGUAUCAGCAGUAUAAUAUAUCAACUCAUCAUAGUCUAGGUGGCUCCAGCGAUUGCUUCAGUGCUAAACUUGAAAACCCUGCAUACAGCCCAUAUCAACAACGUCACCCUGGUCCAAAUGUGGAAGACCUAUCUGGAUCAAGAGCAAGCACAUCGCAUUGCCUUUCCUCAUCUGUUCCUUCAGCCUCAUCAUUAGCAGCUCCAUCACUUUCUCGCGUUGAUCAUGGUGAUGCUUGCUCGCCAAGACUGACGAUGCAAAAGCCUGAAUACAAUGUUCUUUUGGCUUCAGGUAGUAAGCAGGACACUAUCCCUACUGCAGAAUAUGCUUACUAUCCUGCUCAUAGCUCUGAUGGGUUCGAAGAAGAGCGUCAAGGUGUCUCCAUGACAGCAAUGAGCACUGAUGCAGUAACCAGUACUGCUGGUGUAUACAUGGGAGAUGUAUCAUUUGCUGACAUUGAUCACAGAGUCCCAUAUGAUAGUCAAGCUGGGUCAUUGUCAUCCAUGACUGCAGCUGGUGCAUCUUUGACUAGUCAGUGGCAGGAGCAGCAGCCGCAGCACCAUAAUCACCACCACCACCAACAUCAUCAUCAUCAUCAACAACAACAGCAGCAGCAGCAGCAGCAGCAGCAACAGCAACAAUAUCAGCAGAUUGUGUUAGAUAGGCCUGAAGAAUACAGUGAAGGAGAACAAUCAAGUUGGCCAGUUCAUCACCCUGACCAUCAUCCUGACCAUCAUCCUGACCAUCAUCCUGACCAUCAUCCUGACCAUCACCCUGUCCAUCACCCUGUCCAUCAUCCUGACCAUCACCCUGACCAUCACCCUGACCACCAUCCUGACCAUGUUGUUGAUAUGGGCACUGAUUGGGAUUCUCCAAUGGCAGCAGCAGGUGGUCAAGUGAUGUACACGGCGGACGAUAUUGCCUUUCAGCAAGCCGGGCAGAUUUCGCAAGUGACAUUGGGAAGUUGUCAGGCCGGUAGCAGCAUUACCAUGGCAUCAUCGGAAGUCUCGAACCAGACAGACAAUGACGACUUUCACUUCCAUGAGGGCAGUAGUCAAUUACCCCAUCCAUCUAUUGGCAAUGCUGGAAAUGAUCAACGAAGUCAACUACACGUAGAUGACUGCCUUGAACAGCAGCAGCAGCAGACGCAGCGGCAACCAACUUCUCGCACUGCAGACAGUGCAGCAGCACAUGCAGCAGCAGCUUGCCACACUGAUGCUCCUUCAGCCACUCGCCACUCUAACAAAGAGUAUUGUUCUGAGCAAUCCUAUCGAUCACAGAUGAUGCAGGAUGAAUCCAAGGGGAAGUCGAGUAGUGAUGGCGAGCUGCAUAGCCCCCGGCACCGUGAGCUGCAUAGCCCCCACCGUGAGCUGCAUAGCCCCCACCGUGAGCUGCAUAGCCCCCACCGUGAAUGGAAGUUUAACAGUAACCAUGACCAGCAGCACAGUCUACUUGAAAGCGGAGCAUACACACCGUGUGCUCUCCAUGAUGUGGAUACUGUGCAGCUGAAGCUUGCUGAGUAUCAUGGAUUGGAUCCAGUUCAUUUAGCGUGGAUGCGAGUAGAAGAUCGUGACCUCCUUCCUGGUGAAGUCUUUACUCAGCAGCACAUCAUGUAUAACCCUCUCAUUCACAAUAUAAGCAAUGAGAUCAGUAAACAGCUUGAUAAAAGCACAGAUGAGGAGCGAAACCUGGAUUUGGUUUUCACAGAGCUAGAGAAGGUUAUUCCAGACCGGCACAACACAUUUGAUGUGGAUGUUCCAACUCAUCCUGCUCCUUCUCAACUGAAUGAACCUCUGCCGAACCUAAUGAGCUCAGCUUUCAUCCAGGAUCUGCACUGUCCAUUGCGAGAGAGUAGUAAGAUAUGUCAAGCUUCUCAGCCUCCAUGGCAGGGCCAUGACUACAGUGAAUGGCUUGGAAAUUUUGGACGACAUGGAGGCUUCCAUUGCGGCAUGUUAAAGUCCGAUGCUAACCAGGACAGUAGUACAACGGUGACAUCAAUGGAUGCAAAGACUGAAAGCAAGUUUCGCUCUUGGAAACAAUGGUGGAUGACGACGAUCAAUCCUGAAGACUACUUUCGGUGUCUAACUCAAUCUGAGAGUGAUUUUCUUCACUGUGCAUUCCACCUGUAUGAUCCCGUUCCCGAGCCAUGUAAAGAAUCACCUCCUCCUUCUCCAAGACCUGAAGAUUUGAAAGGCAAGUCCUGGUUUCAGUCUGGUGACGAAUCCUACUCUGCGCAAACAUGGACUGCAAGCGAUGACGUGUAUCAUGCUCUAGCUCAUCCUUACGCCGACUCUCUAACUAAACCCGGCGUGUCCGAUUCCGAUAAUAGCUUGGAGUCAACAUGUUCUGGUCCUGUUUCUCUAAGGGCAGAGCAGCUGCAGCAGCAACAACAGAGCUCUAGCAUUUCCGUGGAACUUCAGAAGGAGCUGCAGAGCGUUUGGAAGGAGCUGUACCUCCCAGAGAGUACAAUAAUGGAACUUAGUUUCAAGUAUGGCGGAGAGCAUCUGCCAUUACAGAUUCUGAGCAAGGCACUUUGUGCAUGGAAGAAUGUGCUCUCUCUUGUAAAUGAACGUGAAGUUAUGAUAGCAAGCUGGGAGGUUCAUCCUUCCUUCCUCCCAGGUGGCGGCACAGUUCAUGCUGAUAACACUGUUGCAGAAGGUGAUAGUGGUAGUGGUGGUAGUUGUGGUGAUGGUACCAGUACGCAUGGUAUUGCCAUUGGUGCUGGUGAUCCAAGGACAGAUGAUGCUAGUAUUACUGGCAUUACCAAUGGUGGCGCUGCUGAUGUUGCUCGUACUGGAGAAGAGUUUACACGAGAAGCAAAAACAAUGAAGGCUGCUCAUACAGUUUCUAGAAAACGCGGCAAGCAAGCACAUCGCUAUGACACAGGACUUGCUAAGCAAGAAGAAAGGUUGGACAGGCUUGAAAGUCAGCUACGCAAAGUGAUCAAAGAGAUGAGGAACGACUUUGGUGACGAUGUCAUGUUCAGGGGUGUAAACUACCUGGAGAAGAUGAGAACGGACCGAAAAGAGCGCAUCUUCUGGCUACAUCACCAUCACAGAGACGUAGCAAUUGAGAAAUUCAGAGCGCCGGUGUCUGUUGUGAAUGUGGGCCAUUGGUAACAUACCCAGAAGCCCUGCCCUUCUGCCAAAUUGCAUUAUGGCAAAUAGUUGCAAAUACACACCCUUGAACCGGAUUUAUGCAUCCUUGCACCAGUGUGCACCCUCACACACGCACACACAUACAGAACAACACUAGGACCACCACAAUCGUGAGAUUAUCAUCAGGAUAGUGAAUUAUAGAGUAUAUUUGUUUUCGGAUGACUAUUGCCCUUUUUCACUCCUCUUUUUCUCCCUCUCUCUCAUUCACAUCCACUCCCACUCCGAAUAUUCCCUAAAUGAACAAUUCUCGUUGACAAAGGUUUACACAGUUCAUCGUCUUGAGGGAGUCAUACCCCCCACCCCCGAGUCUUAGCUUGCUGAUCCCGUUUUGUAUAUCUAUUCUCUGCACACUGUAUUAGAAGGUGGAUGCUUUCCAUGCUUCCUGCCGUCUGACUAAAACUUGACUAACCAUCGACUCGACAAACCUUCAAGCCUUUGAAAACACUCCCUGCUCAAUAUA